GUGAGGUGGUCACGUGGUCUGAGCGGGACAACAACAAAGCGCUGAACCAAUCAAGGAACAGCUCUCAGCCUACUGCAGUCUGUCAGAGUUUCGGAGGAUCCGGAGGAGACCCUCAGCUAGUCAGAGACCCGUCAGUCCAGGGUUCAGAGAGCGGAGAUCCUGAGAGCUGUACCCGGUGAAACAUGACUGAUAUCCCGGCCGGAGCUCCGGAGGUAUCCCGGAAAAGAGGCGCGGAGCCCGGACCUCCUCCAGAGCUCGUCCCGGAGAGGAAGAAGGCUUGCUGGGGGAUCCUGACCAGCCAAGGUUCCUGGGCAGAUCGCUCUCCUCUCCAUGAGGCUGCGUCUCAGGGUCGACUGCUCGCCCUGCGCACUCGGCUCGCUCAGGGAUAUCCCGCUAACAUCGUCACCAUAGACCACAUCUCCCCGCUGCAUGAAGCCUGUCUGUCGGGACACGUGGCCUGUGUGAGAGCCCUGCUCAGUGCCGGAGCUAACGUGAAUGCGACCACCAUAGAUGGGGUGACUCCUCUCUUUAACUGCUGUGCCUCGGGGAGUGUGGGCUGUUUAGAGCUGCUGCUGCAGAACGGAGCGCACACACACACCACACACACACACUACCCCUCAGCCCUGCACGAAGCAUGCAAGAGAGGUAACAGUCAGUGUGUGGAGGUCCUACUGUCUCAUGGAGCUGAUCCAGAUGAGGAGUCUCACCUGGGCUCACCUGUCUACAUGAGCUGUUUACACAGACACACAGAGUGCUCCAGGAUCCUGCUCCACAGAGGAGCCAGAGUGAACGUGGGUCGGGGAGCGGACAGUCCUCUGCAUGCAGCAGUCAGAGGGGACAGUGCUGAUCUGGUGUCAGUGCUGCUGGAGUUCGGAGCCGACGUUAACGUCAGAGAUGAAAACAACCAGCGCGCAGUAGAGCUGGCGCCCCCUGGUGCCCAGACACGCAAACUGCUGCAGAGCUUUGAAGUGUCCCCGAGGUCUCUCUGCCAGCUAUGUCGCCUGCAGAUCAGGACUCUGAUUGGUCGAUCCAGACUGAAGCUCCUCCCUCUGCUCCCCCUCCCCCCUCUGCUAACUGAUUACCUGGAUCACACAUAGGAGGAGCACCCCCGCAGCCCGACCCUCAUCAUGCCUUUAACAUGCAAACAUAUCACCAUUGUAACUGUCUUACAUCAUCAUGACAUCACAGAGAGCUCCAGAUUAACUCUGUUAAGAUGUUUCAUCAACAUCACUUCCUGUUUACCUGUGAUCGUAUGACACUAAUAUGCUGACCUCUGACCUCAUGCUGUCUCUGUGACAUCAUGUAAACACUGAUCAGCUGACCUGUGACAUCAUGUAAACACUGAUCAGCUGACCUCACGCUGUCUCUGUGACAUCAUGUAAACACUGUUUUUAUUUUACACUUUGCUCAUGUUUCUGCCUGUAUGUGUAAAUAUCAAUAAAUAAUCAAUAACUAUGAA